UUUCGGUUUCUAAAUCGACAGUUGUAAAUCGGUUUGUUCAACAUGAAGAUCGUUGCUCUCACCCUCGUUGCGUUUGUGGCCCUGGCCGGUGCCUCCUGCCCGUAUGCAGCUCCAGCUCCAGCUUAUCCUGCGCCCGCUGCCCCGUCUGGCUAUCCGGCUCCACCCUGCCCCACCAACUACCUGUUCAGCUGCCAGCCCAAUCUGGCCCCAGCUCCCUGUGCCCAGGAGGCACAGGCCCCAGCCUACGGUUCCGCCGGCGCCUACACAGAGCAGGUGCCCCACUACGUGGGAAGUCCCAACAGGGAGCAGGUGCAACAGUUCCACCAGCGCAUUGGAAUGGCGGCUUUGAUGGAGGAACUGCGCGGCUUGGGCCAGGGAAUCCAGGGUCAACAGUACUAGUGGCCAAACAAUUUCAUGUCAAGAAUGAUUUCAAAUUAAAACCGUCUAUGUUGUAAUUGCACCCUAUA